ACGUGAUAACACCCCUGGUUCCCCAUCCCUGUAGGAGCUGGCGUGAGGGCUGCCUGCUGCCUCUCCUCCAUUAGCCACAGCUAUUGGAUUUCCCACCCAGAAUCGUUAGGUAAAUGAGAUCAUGAUUCUGGAAGGAAGUGGUGUAAUGAAUCUCAACCCCAGCAGCAACCUACUCCACCAGCAGCCAGCCUGGACAGACAGCUACCCCACGUGCAAUGUUUCCAGUGGAUUUUUUGGAGGCCAGUGGCAUGAAAUCCAUCCUCAGUAUUGGACCAAGUACCAGGUGUGGGAAUGGCUCCAGCACCUCCUGGACACCAACCAGCUGGACGCCAGCUGCAUCCCUUUCCAAGAGUUUGACAUCAACGGCGAGCACCUCUGCAACAUGAGCUUGCAGGAGUUCACCCGGGCGGCGGGGACAGCCGGGCAGCUCCUUUACAGCAACUUGCAGCACCUCAAGUGGAACGGCCAGUGCAGCAGUGACCUGUUCCAAUCCACGCACAAUGUCAUUGUCAAGACCGAACAAACUGACCCUUCCAUCAUGAACACCUGGAAAGAAGAGAACUACUUAUACGACACCAACUAUGGUAGCACAGUAGAUCUGUUGGACAGCAAAACUUUCUGCCGGGCCCAGAUCUCUAUGACAACCACCAGUCACCUUCCUGUUGCAGAGUCACCUGAUAUAAAGAAGGAGCAAGACCACCCUGCCAAGUCCCACAACAAAAAGCACAAUCCACGAGGGACUCACUUAUGGGAAUUCAUCCGUGACAUCCUCCUGAACCCAGACAAAAAUCCAGGGUUAAUCAAGUGGGAAGACCGGUCUGAGGGCAUCUUCAGGUUCUUGAAAUCCGAGGCUGUAGCUCAGCUAUGGGGAAAAAAGAAAAACAAUAGCAGUAUGACCUAUGAAAAACUCAGCCGAGCGAUGAGAUAUUACUACAAAAGAGAAAUUCUGGAACGUGUUGAUGGACGAAGACUGGUAUAUAAGUUUGGGAAGAAUGCACGUGGUUGGAGAGAAAAUGAAAAUUGAAGGUGCUGACACUUGGAACACAACCUGAACGUACCCCAAAUCAUAACAAACCAAAAACUUCUGGACAUAAAUAUUUCAAAGACUAUUUUUCUCUGAUAUUUAUGUACCACAAUGGGGGGAAAAAUCUACUUCUAACGGGAAGAAGGAACACUACAGUCGAAAAAUUAUUUUGUUACUUUGAAGUAUGUUCUAUAUGGGGAACAAAUGUACACAGUUUUCUGUGAACUAUGAUGCUGUAUGCGGUUGUGAUUUGUUUUUGCCUGUAUUGUGAAAUUCUUUUCCACUACAAGAAGAACAGGGUUUGCUGCCCUGUGCUUCUUGCUGAGAGAAAGAAAAAAAAAAUCAGAGGGCAUUAAAUGUUUUUAUAUGUAAAAUGA